ACACACACCCAAACUCUAUAACUCAUUAUUAUGAACCAAUAAACACUUAAAUAUAUUAUGGAAGGGUUUGUGGAAGAAGUUGAAGAGCCCGUUAGUCCUACAGGACAAUAUUUGAAUAGUUCUUCAUUGUGUGUAUACAUUUUAGGUGUCUUAGAAUUUGAGGUUCCAAUUGAUGACAAUAUUCAAACUUUGUCACUUCUUCACAAUGUAUUUCUUCCCAUCAACACACGUUUCUCCUCCAUUAUGAUUAAGGACAAAAAUGGAGAGAAAAAAUGGAAGAAAGUUGAAGUGAAGCUAGAGGAACAUGUUAAAAAUCCUGUAUUUCCAAGUAGAAAAUCAUCACUCUAUGAUGAAUAUGUUGAUGAUUAUAUAUCAACAAUAGCAAUGGAACAUUUACCGGAACAUAGACCACUUUGGGAGAUUCACCUUAUUAAAUAUCCAACAAAAAAUGGAGCAAGUACCUUAGUAUUCAAACUUCAUCAUGCACUUGGAGAUGGUUACUCUCUCAUGGGUGCUCUUCUUUCAUGUUUACAAAGAGUUGAUAAUCCCUCUCUUCCAUUCACACUUCCAUCAACUCAAACACCUAAAUCAAUUUUCAACACCAAACCUUUUUCUAAGAGAUCAUUUCCCUCCAUUUUCCCCAAAGUAUUCAACACUAUUUCGGAUUUUGGAUGGAGUAUAUUAAAAAGUAGUUUGGUUGAAGAUGAUUUAACUCCAAUAAGAUCUUGUGCGGAUGACAUGAAGCUUCGACACAUUACUAUCUCAAGUGUGUCAUUUUCUAUGAAUCGCAUCAAAGAAGUGAAAUCAAGACUUGGAGUAGGCAUAAAUGAUGUAAUUGCUGGCUUAAUUUUUUUCGGAAUUCGAUUAUAUAUGCAACAAAUAAAUGAAGAUUCAAUAAAAUAUAAGUCGACAGCAUUGGUGUUGAUGAAUACAAGAAACUUCAAAGGUUAUAAAUCAAUUAAGGAGAUGGUUGACAAGAACAAUAGCAAUGGUUCUACUUGGGGGAAUCAAUUUGCAUUUUUACAUAUUCCAAUUCCAGAACUAAGUGAUACAAAAUUUGAAAAUCCACUUGAGUUUAUAUGGGAAGCUCAUAAAGAGAUUAAUAGGAAGAAAAAUUCUUUGGCCACACCUCUUAAUGGCAUGCUUUUGAAUAUGGUGAAGAUAUUGAGAGGUCCUGAGGCUUCAGCUAGAUAUAUAUACAACACUUUGAGAAAUUCAAGCACAACAAUUUCAAAUGUAAUUGGGCCAGUGGAGCAAAUGGCUUUGGCUAACCAUCCAGUUAAAGGCCUAUACUUUAUGGUUGUUGGUCCACCAGAGAGUCUAACCAUAACGAUCAUGAGUUACAUGGGGCAGUUAAGAAUUGCAUUUGGAUUGGAGAAAGAUUAUAUCGACAAGCAAAAAUUCAUGUCGUGCAUAGAGAAUUCUCUUGAAAUGAUAAUUACAGCAGCACAAAAGAUUUCAAAAUAGAUUACAUUUUUCCACUAC